AUGAAGCAUGCUCUUGGACUUGAAUUACUGUUACUUAAUUGUGCAUGUGUUUUUAAUCUCUCAAUACUAACAGAUGAUAGUGGACGAAAUAUCACCGACUUAGAUAUGAAUAAUAUUGAUCCUAAAAAUUCAGAUGUGUUUAGGCAACUUUUGAAUCAGGAAACACUUAUUAGAAUGGCUUUGGUGAAGAAUGUACACGUAUUGAUGAAGGAUAUGGUCGACCUUAAGAAAAAACUUGAGUCGGUGGAAUCUUUACAACAGAGUGCAGAAAUAAAAAUAACAGCUCUACAACAGGAAGUGAACGACCUGAAACGUGAAAACCAAAAACUUAGUCUUGAAAACAGAAAAUUUGAAGAAACUUUCAGCCUCGUCAAGGACAACUUCACACAAAUUAAAGAUCAGUUUAAAGACUUUGCUAAAGAAGUUGAGGAAAAAAGAGAUGCAUUCGAAAGAAACACAACAAUGUUCAACAUGUCGCUGGAAACCCUGAGCGAUGAUUUAAUAGCCACAAGCACUAAGCUGUCGAAGUCAGUUUCAAAUCUGGAAAACUCCCAGAAUGCAAUUAUAGCAUCAGUAGCUGAUGAUAUCAACAAAACGCUAGGUGACUUAAAGACGGAAGUGAAACAAUCUCAAAAUGAUCAACUGAAGUUGUCUGCCACUGUGUCCUCUCUAGAGGUGUUCCGAAUGAAUAUUACCAAUAACCAUUGCGAUUUGGGAAAGAAAGUGGCUUUCACAGCCGGAGUGACGUCUAGUUCCAGUUCCUGGAACAGUGGCACUCUGGUUUUCGAUAAAGUCACUAACAACGUGGGAGGCGGGUAUAAUCCGAAUACAGGAAUAUUUACUGCACCCCUCAAUGGAGACUAUGUCUUCUACGUCGGUAUCCAAAGUCGUAGCAGCGACGUCAAUGAUAUAUAUGUAGGUAUAGUCCUCAACGGAUCAAGAAAGGUUCGAGCGAUGGCUUAUAACUAUAAUUCUAACGACGAUUACGAGACAGGUACAAACAUGGUGACACUGAGACUGCAGCAGGGAGACACGGUGUGGGUAAAGUAUUACGCUGGAAAAGGUUACUACACUUACAGUGACGCUCCUCUAACAACGUUCUCUGGAUUCCUUAAAUGA